CAAACAGCUCAAUGAGUCAGUCCACUAUACUAACUCCCUUGUGUCGUGUCUGGGGAACUCGCUCACAGCUCAUUUUCACAUGUGUCAACACGGCGUAAACUCGCUGAGACGUCUUCCUCCCGCCGAACAGGCAAACUAUUGAUCCUGGGAAGGAAAGUUGCUCAGUCAGGUGGACAUCCAGAUGGCUCUUUCAGCCCAAGUUGUUUUGGGGAUUUAUCUUCGGGCUCAUUCAGGCAGACCAGACACAUGAGUUGUUGUGAUGCCCCUAGAACUACCACACAUUGCUUCUUCUUCAUCAACGCUGUAAAACUUUAUUUUGCUUUUAGCAUGCAUGUAAAUGAGGCAGCAUCUGUUCUGGUUCGAGAAACUUGUUGUCCUUUAUCUCAUUGUUGCUCCUGGCAACAGAAGCAGGUUGAAGCAUUGCUCGUAGAUGAACAAUAGUGCUAGUGAGGCGCCAUUGAAACAAAGGCGGUGAUUUGACGUCAGCCUCUCGGAACAAAGAGCCCGCGUCCACGCGGCAGACGAGUGGACGUCGGCAGGAGGAGCAGUCAUAUGCAGGCACGUAUGGUCCGAGGGCUGGUUUAUUCUCAACCUUAUCUGCACACGUCCCCCUCGCAGACAGAUCCAGGGGGAUAUGAAAACCAAAUCGUGCAGGAGGUGUGAUUAUAGCUGCGGAUAAUAGCAGCGGCGCUUGUGUCUGUGUGGCCCGCCAACUGUCUCUCACUCUCUGAUACACACACACCUAAAAAGCCCUCGUCGUCCCUCCCAGUUUCCAUGGACACAAAAGCACAGGACCUAAAAUUGUCACUGCCAGCGAUGUGUGUUACCUCUCAGACCUGAAUCAGCUUACUGACGACUCGGGGAAAAGGAGCUUUCUGUUGGAUGCUCGUGCAUCUGAGCUGGAAGCGGCACUUUCAUUAUAUAACAAAGAUCCAUUUGGAUUUAUGCUGACAUGAUCAUGACAGCAGUGUUCAAUAUUUCAAACCAGGAUCAGCGCAGCUACGUCAGAGAAACCCCUGACAGUGACGGAUGUAAACAAACACACGAGCAGAGGUCGGUUUAAGUCAUUCCAACAGUGAGAACUUGGCGAGCUUUCAUCCCACAUGGUCUGAACUGAGGAAGCAACGACGUGAUUUUAUGUGUGUCAGUGUUCAUAAUCGCGCUUGACAUCUCUUUGGCACGUGGUCUGCUGCUCAUGGAUGUUAAUUUCCAAAGACGUGCACAUGGGAAGUGUCAUGAGGCGGAAGAUGUGAAUGACGUUCAAGACUUGGACGUGUUGGAUGCGUGGAUUUGGGGCCAAACCUCAAGAGUCUUCGUUUGAAUCUCCAGCUCUGGCAUUUUUCAUAAUCAUAUUCCCCAAAAGGUCAUUGUACUGGGAGCUGGAUUGGGAGAGUCAUCUUAGCUACGGAGCGUCGUGGCAACAAGGCCCUACAUCUAAAAAACCAUUUUGCCUUCAACAGACAAGCUACUUAUGACACGCAGUUCAUCUACACGUUUGGUGAUCUGAUGCUCUGUUGGAGGACAUUUUUAUCGAAGUGAUACUAUUGUGAGUACUAUUUAAUGAUAAAAAAAGGCAAGAAGUGGCAACUACUGUGACUGAAAAAUGAGUGUGAAAAAAGGCCAGUAAAAAUCAGAAUGUUUUUUUUAAAUACAUGAGACUAAAUGUUGCUGAUUAGAAAUAUAUAAUUUUUUUCAAGAUUUUUUUUUACUUUAUAAUCCUGCCUUUGUUGACACGGUGCCAAUAGCAGCUGUCAACAUGACGUCCCCGAGCUGGCCUUCAUCUAGUUUAAAGUUAACUCACAAGCAAGACAAAAAAGAUUCUGCUUUGACUUUGCAGGCUUUAAGUGAGGGAGUGUUCAAGUGUCCAGAGGACCAGCUGCCACUGGACUACGCCAAGAUCUACCCAGACCCUGAACUGGAGCAGCAGAUCUUGGCGCUGCCCAUCCGGUGCAUCCACAGUGAAGAGGGCUGCCGCUGGACUGGACAGAUGAAGCAGCUGCAGGGACACUUUUCCACCUGCGCCUUCAACGUGAUCCCCUGCCCCAACCGCUGCUCCGUCAAGCUGACGCGUCGCGACCUGCCCGACCAUCUGCAGCACGAUUGCCCCAAGCGCAAGGUCAAGUGCGAGUUUUGCGGCAGCGAGUUCACAGGCGAAGCAUACGAGAACCACCAGGGCGUUUGCCCCCAAGAGAGCGUGUACUGCGAGAACAAAUGUGGGGCGAGGAUGAUGCGGCGCCUCCUGUCCCAACACAGCAUGGCCGAGUGUCCCAAACGCACACAACCCUGCAAGUACUGCGGCAAGGAGUUUGUCUUCGACACCAUCCAGAACCACCAGUACCACUGCCCCCGGUUCCCAGUCCAGUGCCCAAACCAGUGCGGCACACCGAACAUCGCCAGGGAAGAUCUGGCCAAUCACGUGAAAGACAACUGUGGCAGCGCGCUUGUUCUGUGCCCUUUCAAAGACGCCGGCUGCAAACACCGGUGUCCCAAACUGGCCAUCGGUCGUCACCUGGAGGACACCACCAAGUCUCACCUGACCAUGAUGUGCAACCUGGUGGGACGCCAGCGGCAGGAGAUCCUGGAGCUGCGGCGGGAGAUGGAAGAGCUGUCGGUCAGCCACGAUGGCGUCCUCAUCUGGAAACUCAACGACUACUCGCGCAAGCUUCAGGAAGCCAAACUGAGAAGCAACCACGAGUUCUUCAGCCCGCCGUUCUACACGCACCGCUACGGCUACAAGCUGCAGGUGUCGGCCUUUCUCAACGGCAACGGCAGCGGCGAGGGGUCGCACCUCUCCGUUUACAUCCGAGUGCUGCCUGGGGAGUACGACAACCUGUUGGAGUGGCCCUUCUCCUACAAGGUGACUUUCUCCAUCCUGGACCAGAGCGACCCCUCGCUUUCUAAACCGCAGCACAUCACCGAGACCUUCAAUCCGGAUCCCAACUGGAAGAACUUCCAAAAGCCCAGCAGCAGCCGCAACUCGCUGGACGAGAGCACCCUCGGCUUCGGCUACCCAAAGUUCAUCUCGCACGAGGAGAUCAAGAAGCGGAACUACAUCCGAGACAACUGCAUCUUCAUCAAGGCUUCCAUAGAGAUUCCCCAGAAGAUCAUGGCUUAGGACCCUUCUUUUUCUCAACAUGGCGAGGAAGUGACACUUGAACAUUACUCUCCCUUUACAUACCCUGCAGCCUCUCCACCACCGAGUUGGACGCGAGUCUGUUUGGCUGUGUGAGCUGACAAGGUCGAUGUAUCAGAGGAGGAAGUGUUUGGUCUGCAAAACCAUCACUCUGUGUUUUUCUUAUUGUUUCUUUUUUUAAUCGGAUGUUUAUCACAGUCUACGACAAAUAAGCCUUGGAAAUCAAACAGUGCCUAGAGAGUUUAUCUUAAGUUAUAUUUUGUUGUAUUUGACACAGUACAGUCGUGAAAGGUUGGAUAGGAAUAAGGGCGACGGGCUUCGCGGAGCCUCUGCACUUGGACCGGAGUGAAAGUUUUGAUCUGCAGAAGAGGGAGUCCAGCUUGACCUGACUGCCUUUUGUUGAAUGUGCUCACGCAUUCAAAUCCCAUCGUUCCCUCGACGGUAUCAGCAAACGAAACCUUUUUGUGAGAGUCUUCCUGUGUGUACAGCAGCGAACGCAACACUCCGAUCUUCACUCGUUCCAACUAUGUGAUGAAAAGUUUUAACCUGUAUUAGGGUCACACCUCAUGAACCCCCACCCUCUUUAAUGUUUCAUCUUAAUUUAUAAUGUUUAAUGGCAAAACAAUCGCCAAUAAAAUCUCAAAAGAAACGCACACGCAAUGUAUUGGCAUGUGAACUCAUCUGGGACUUCACCUGCACAGAAGGUAAUUGACCUAUCAGCUUUUUAUUCCCAAAUCCUUUAACGUUGGGAGUUCAAUUCUCUUCCUGUAAAUCCACUCCGAGCUUGUUAAACUUGCCUGAUGCCUGUACAAAAGGAAGUCUUGUUUUGCUAAAAACAUCGACGCAUCACAACAGUUUUCUAAAGUAGUUAACAUAUCUCAUCAAAAUUUUUAAAAAGCAUUUACUACAGAUUAUUUUUCAGUUAUUUUUGAUCAUCGUAUAUGCUAAUAAUGCUCAUAUAGAUAAAGUUGUUUAUUACAUAUAUGUUUAUCAAGACGCUGCUCCUCUUCCGUCGCUAGUUAGCUUGUUAGCAUUUACGUUUGCCUGCUCACCAAAAACAAAUCGUUCCCAAGAACUAGCUUGAACGCUAACAACGCUCAACGCUGAAGAUAAGGAGUUAAAUUAGCUGUUAAGCUAACUCAACUGCUUCUGACUCUCAGACAUAAAAUAGAAAACUGCAAUAAAGAGGUGAUUAAAAAUGAAAUCUACUCUGAUUUUGGUUCAUUAAUGAAGUCGACGAUGAUUAUUUAGCAGUUUUAUCGAGGACUUUUUUUGUUCUAUUACGCUACCUUGAAUGCUAACAGUGCAUAAGCAGUAUGUUUGAAAUGAGGAAUCUAAUUUCCAUGACUCAAAAAAAUCACAAAAGCUAGCUUUUUCCUUCUGUUAUUGCAGCUCAUUCACCAGUUAUACGUAUGAAUAAAUAUAUCCAUGAAAGCUAACAUGCUAAAUUAGCAGCUGCACUAACUCCUCUUUUCUGCUGUCCACUGGAUUCUAUUCCAAAGUCAUCUAGUCUUGGUGUACAGAUGCAGCCUCAGAAACAGUAAAUGUAUUGAAAUAAUGACAUGUAAAGUGUUGUUUGUGGAGGGUCACUGUUGCAUUAUCUGUUCAGUUCGGUUUCGUAUUAGGACUAGCUGAAUCAUCAAAACCAAAAACGAUCAAAUGUGUGGCCCUAAUACGUUGAAAUCUGAGGCGUGUUGAGGUGUAGCUUUUAGGGGGAUUACAGCGUCAUCCGCAAACACUCUCGGCCUGGUGAGGCCUUCAGAGCAGAACAAAAAGCACCUUGUCUUAGAGGUCCAAUGAGCAAAAAGGCCAGUCAGACUCGUCGGAGCAAACGUGCAUUUAAUAGUGAAGGAAAAGCCAUGUGGCCUUUUUAUACAGUCUGUCCUUGCAUGAGGGUGUGGCGGUUUCGGAGGCAGGUCAACAAACACUUGCAUGCUUCAUGUGAUACCACGUGGACCACACUUUGUACUGUAACCUGUUUUCUUGAAUUCCUCUCCCAUUUUCGGGCAACUUUUGACAACUGACAAAAUGUCAAGAGAGAGUGCUUUUAUAAUUUUGUUUUUGUAUUGAGAAAAUGUGAACGUCACCUACAAAGACUAUGUUUUGGAUCAUCACUCGGCUGUGAAGAGUUUUGUUUUACAAAGCCGGAGACUUUCGGGACUGUCGGCACCUUUUGCUGUUACCAUGGUCACCGCUGUCAAUCAUCGGCUUCGAUAUCGGAGAGGACGAAAACUGUUCCAACAGUGGACUCAUAUGUGAAUACUAAUGUACAAACCACAGAAGCACAUUCUCUCUUUUCUUACUCUUCAUGCUCCUGAUUUGUCGUCAUAAUGCCAGCUGAUAUUUUACAGUGAUUCAAAGAACUGAAGCAGAUUUUUGUAAGACUCUGUAUUUUUCAACAACAACAACAAAAAAAAAUCUUGGCUGUUUUGUAUACAAACACUUUUCUGUUGGAGAGUCGGGGUUAGACUUUUGGGGGAAUUUAAGACCCUUUGACAUUUGGAUAAUAUGUUUGUCCGUGUGGUUUGAGCCUCACAUACUCUGUAUUAUUUCCUCUUUAUAGUAUUUAAUUUAAGGAGCUGUCGUGGGUUUUGCACUGAUGGCACAAAUGUUUUAAUAUGUUGCUUGAUGAGUGCUUGUCAAUUUCUUAACUGAAAUAAAGUACCAUAUAUUAUA